AGCUUGAAUGCCCGGCCCGGCCGUCGCCGUCAUGAGCGCCGCGCUUUUCAGCCUGGACAGCCCCGCGCGCGGCACACCCUGGUCCACAGAGCCCGCGGCCUUCUACGAGCCAGGAAGGGUGGGUAAGCCGGGCCGAGGGUGCGAGCCGGGAGACCUGGGGGAGCAAGCCUCCACGACCCCUGCCAUGUACGACGACGAGAGCGCCAUCGACUUUAGUGCCUACAUUGACUCCAUGGCCGCCGUGCCCACCCUGGAGCUGUGCCACGACGAGCUCUUCGCCGACCUCUUCAACAGCAACCACAAAGCGGCCAGCGCAGGCGUGCUGGAGCUGGCGCAGGGCGGCCCUCUAAGACCCCCGCAUGCGGUUUCAGCCGCCAGGGGACCGCUCAAGCGCGAACCCGACUGGGGCGACGGCGACCCGCCGGCCUCCGUGCUGCCGGCGCAAGUAGCAGUGUGCGCGCAGACGGUGGUGAGCCUGGCAGCCGCGGCGCAACCCACGCCACCAACUUCGCCCGAGCCCCCUCGAGGGAGCCCAGUGCCGAGCCUCGCGCCCGGCCCCGUCCGAGAGAAGGGCGCGGGCAAGAGGGGCCCGGACCGCGGCAGCCCCGAGUACCGGCAGCGGCGCGAGCGAAACAACAUCGCUGUGCGCAAAAGCCGCGACAAGGCCAAGCGCCGUAAUCAGGAGAUGCAGCAGAAGCUGGUGGAGCUGUCCGCCGAGAACGAGAAGCUGCACCAGCGCGUGGAGCAGCUCACUCGCGAUCUGGCCGGCCUCCGGCAGUUCUUCAAAAACCUGCCCAGCCCGCCUUUCCUGCCGCCCACCGGCGCCGACUGCCGGUAACGCGAGGCGUGGGCCUCAAAGACUUCAAACGACCAAUACCUCAGACCCCGACGGCGGGAGCAGGCGCCGCCAGAGCUACUGCAGUUUCUUUGGGACCUACGAGUGACAGGAAGCUGUGGCUUGGGCACUGGACUCCAAGAGAAGCUAUAUGAAUCUUUCCCCCUUAAAUUAUUUUUUUUAUAAGGGCAACGUUUUCUAUGUCUUAUUACCAUUACAGCUAAGGUACAUUUGUAGAAAUGACUUUUCCGACAGACUUUGGCUCAGAGGAGGAGACUUCGCAUGCUUUUUAUAUUAAUUUUUACAGUAUUUGUAAGAAUAAAGAAGCAUUUAAAUCGCUGCAGCUUUCCAUAUUCAAUCUUUCCCACACACAAUGCCCUGGGACCUCCCGAGGGAGUCACCAGAACCAGGUGUGUUGCCCACAUGGGGUAAGGAGAUAAAUGAGUUUGCUUUCUUUGGAAGCCUAGCAGAGUUGGCCUCCUCAUGCUAUUUUGCCUGCGGAAGGAACAAGGGAAAACAAUGACUACUGCAUAGCAUGCUGAUCUGGGCCAGAGAGCAGCUGAGAGUCCCCUAACUUUUUAGGAGAAAAAGAGAGCCUGGGUAGUUUAAAAGCAUGAAAACCUCUGGAGUUAACAGGGCUCCCCUCGUAAAGGGCUGCCCUUACUGCAACCGCUUGGCCGGCCGUCUGGAAGGAAGGUGGGUGGUCGUGGCUCCUGCUGCACUCAGAAGCUCAAUCUCCUCCAGGGUGACACAGCUGCUCUGUUGUGUGGUGAUGGACUGGACAAAGCAGAGUAAGGGCCCCAUCUCCUUCCCAAGGACAUUCUCCACCUCAUAAUUCUGCAGUGACAGAAGCAUGCUGGUUAAAGCGAACAGUCCUGGAUUCCUGAACAUUCUGCUCCCCCCCCCAAAUGCCACCGCCAGCGCAAAGGCCCUUCCAUAAGCUGCAACCUUCCUUCCUUCCAGUGGAAAAUGUGUGUGUGUGUGUGUGUGUGUACUAUAAAAAUCCCCUUUAUUAUAGCAAAUAAAUGAGCUACUUUACUUUGA